AUGACUUUCCCGACAUAUUUCAUCCGAGUCUUUUGUUCGCGUUUCGUGAAACUUCGAGGCAUUUUCUGCAUGUAUCGGUAUGAGUCUCUGGAUUUUGGCCCUCUUGUUUCUAUGCGGCCGGGUGAUCUACCAGCUCACGGUUCCGUGAUCUACAGGAGCAAACGACAGAAGCCUACUUCAGUUCUCACGGCUGGGCGCUUCGAAAUCAUCACAUCGUUCCUUAAAAGAAGUCAUCAAUUGUUUGCUGAGUCCCUAUCCAAUCAAGCGACACAUGAGGAGGAGGAAAUAGUUCUGACAUCUAACUUCACCGUGCAGACGCCCGGGCACCGACACGUGCGAGCUCUCGUCGUGAUCAUCCUUUCCUCUUCUCGUAUACUUCAGCGAGUCAGUAGACAUUGCCCGACGAUCAAGAGGCAUACAUGGGUUAUAUACACAAGUCAACGUCGAUACCUAGAUCCUGCGGUUGGAGUGCUGGAAAAGGAUCACGCACCAGCAACUUCGAGACCUCGAAGAGGCCGUCCCAUCAAAACAACUUGCCUACCCCGUAUGACACCUCACGACUGGAACUUUUCGACCCCCCAGCCAAACACCACCGUCCCUAACCGCCGCUGGGAGAUCGUGAUAUCCAUGUCCACAGCCUUCUUACCACCGUAUUCGCUGGUCGUCACCGACCCAACUACUAAUCCAGCCCUCAUUGGCUUAUCUAUGGGAGAGCGGACGGGAUCCCGAGUUUUCCAAUGGGUAUGGUCGAGGAGCAACAUGUCGCUUCCCCUCCUCCACCACCCUGUUCACAUAUAUCGAGAGUUGACUUGUAGGGGGUGUGUCGCCACAGCUAGAGUGGAUAAAUCAGCUGCCAGUGUCUGGUUUCAAGGGAUGUUCGACCCACUGCUCUACAGCCCAGCCAGGGAGGAGGAAGACAGCGCCUCUUCCGCGAUGAACUCACCCACAACGACGCGACACGACUUCAAGUUACACCAUCAUCAGCUCGACUGA